GCACAUCUACACGCGCUCAGAAAUACACUCUCGCGCGCCUAUGCACAUGCACAAGCAGGAGUAGCUGUCCAGCAAGCUCCAAUUAAAAAAAAUGACUUUGCCUCUCAAGGUCUCUUGCAGGAGUGAUUAAAUUUGGGGCCAUAUGGCAUUGCUGAUCGGCUAUCAGAACUGUUUUGCAUGUGCAAGGCUUUUAUCACAAGCUCCAGGUCAGAGACGUGGAGAAUUAGCUCAUUUAGAUAAAGCAAAAGACACAGAGUGGGAGAGGAAGAGAGAAAGAAAGAGAGACUGGAAUGCUGAAAAACUGUUGGAUGACAAACAGUCUACUGGUACUUGUCAGGGAAGACAAGUGAAGGAAACAUAUUUUCAAGGGGCAACGGGUUCCAGUACCUACUAAGCAAAGACUGAAGAAGGACACAUAUUCUUCCCUUUGGCUUACAGAGUUCAGUGUCACUAAUGAAGGAGGGAGUGCCAGUACUGUCUGAGGGAACAGGCCUGCAUGAGACUCUGGCUCUGCUGACAUCACAGCUGACACCAGAUGCAAAUCAUAAGGAUGAGACUGGAUUUCUGCAAGAUGUUUUUGGGGAGAAGAGCCUGAGUUAUUUAAUGAAGAUUCAUGAAAAGCUACGGCAGUACGAGAGGCAGAGCCCCACCCCCAUUCUUCACAGUGCAGCCCCUCUGGCCGAAGAUGUUUUAGAGGAAUUACAGAAUGGAACACUGAACAGUGAAGAAAGAGAGCUGAUUCAGCUGCUGUCAACACCACAUCUGAAGGCGGUUUUGAUGGUUCACGAUACUGUAGCACAGAAGAAUUUUGACCCCGUUCUCCCCCCACUGCCAGACAUACUUGAUGAUGAUUUUGAGGAAGAAUCAGUGAAGAUCGUUCGCCUCGUGAAAAACAAGGAACCUCUGGGUGCGACUAUCAGAAGGGACGAGUACACUGGCGCUGUCGUUGUGGCAAGGAUUAUGAGAGGUGGUGCUGCUGACAGAAGUGGCCUUGUCCAUGUAGGUGAUGAAUUAAGAGAAGUCAAUGGAAUUACAGUGUUGCAUAAACGGCCAGAAGAAAUCAGUCAGAUUCUGUGUCAGUCUCAAGGCUCAAUCACUUUGAAGAUUAUCCCUGCUAUAAAAGAGAAAAACCAUGGAAAGGAGAGUAAGGUGUUUAUGAGAGCCCUAUUUGACUAUAACCCAUCAGAGGACAAGGCAAUUCCUUGUCAAGAAGCAGGACUUCCAUUUAAAAAACGUCAGGUACUAGAAGUUGUUAGCCAGGAUGAUCCAACUUGGUGGCAAGCAAAGCGUGUAGGUGAAAACAACCUCAGGGCAGGACUCAUUCCUUCAAAGCAAUUCCAGGAAAGGCGUAUCGCUUACAGGAGAUCUGUGGGCACAUUGCCGAAUGUCAAAAUCACAAAGAAACCUUUAUAUGACCAGAUAUGUGAGAAAGAUUGUGACUAUGAGGGCUAUUUCAAUGGACACUAUAUAGCUGGACUGAGGAGAAGCUUUCUGUUAAGCAGACGGGACAGGCAAAAUGACUCAAGACAAAGUGAACAGAGUGAAACAGCUGAGUUUCUGACAUAUGAGGAAGUCACCAAGUACCAACACCAACCCAAAGAGAAGCAGAGAUUAGUUGUUUUGAUUGGAUCACUGGGUGCACGAAUCAAUGAACUGAAACAAAAAGUAAUAUCAGAAAAUCCGCAGUACUUUGGCACUGCAGUACCACAUACUACAAGACCGAAGAAAGUUCAUGAGAGAGAAGGUGUUGAAUAUUAUUUCGUGUCCAGACAGUCCUUUGAAAUAGCAAUACAGAACAAGAAAUUUAUUGAAUAUGGAGAAUACAAAGAAAACCUGUAUGGGACGAGUUUUGAAGCAAUGCGUUCUGUUAUGGCUAAAAACAAAGUCUGCCUGGUGGAUGUUCAGCCUGAAGCGGUAAAACACUUGAGGACAGCAGAGUUCAAACCCUAUAUCGUGUUUGUUAAACCACUUAUUCAAGAAAAGAAAAAAAUAGCAGAUAUUUCACCAGUGUUGGAAGAGCUAAAUGAUACAGUGGAUGAAGAGUUGCUGGAAAUGGCUCAGUCCGCAGCUUACAUUGAAGAUCAUUAUGGCCACUUGAUUGAUAGAGUGCUGGUUAAGGAGGAUUUGCAGAGUGCCUGCGGUCAGCUGUGGACUAUCCUGGAGAAACUAGAGAAAGACUUCUUCUGGGUGCCAUGUAGCUGGACCAAAUCAUAGUGAUGUACAGGAGUUAUUAAAAAAUCGUCAUCCUUCAGAAUGGGGUCACCAAGAAAGGACAGCAACUGUGCUCUGUAAAUAAAUUGCACCUGAAACUGUUUCUACAUUUUGAAAAAUGAAUUUCUGCAUGUGCUCUCCAUGAGCCAAAUAGAUGGUGAAUUUUCUAUGACAAACUCCUGUCACCUGAACUACUUUUGCCUGGUAACUGAUGCCACUUAGAGUUUAAGGCUAAGUCAAGUCAUGUUUUUAGAAAUUAUCUCUCACAAACCAUUAUAAGGGAUCAAUUCAUGAUUUUAUUUAUUUAUUUAUUUUAAAUUUUUCAUUGGAUGCCGAAUUAUCUAAUGCCUUGAAGGACGUUAUGCUAUUACAGAGCAUAAGGCAGUGUUACGUCACUCUAAAAGUGUAAACAUUCCUGUUGUUAGUAUAAUUGCCACCUCAAAUGGCAAAGUCUUGAGAACUACAUUUAGCAGAGCAAAAAAAAUUGUAAUCUUCCAAGUUCUGGAUUAAGAUGGAUAAACCUCCUUAGAAGCAAAGACAUUCUGAAGCAUUAAUGGAAUAUAUUAAUAAUAAAAAUAGAAACAAAACUCUGCAUCGUCUAUAAUAGCUGUAUGCAAAAUGUAUGCAUAUUUUGAAUAUGCAAAUGCCUGCUGUAUUUGUCAGUGAAUUAAUACAGAAAUUGUCUGUAGCAUUCCAGUUAUCUGAAUAUGCAUGUAAACAAGCUCAGAAAGGGGUACUCAGACUAGAAUGCUUACAUUCUUACUGAAACUAGAAGUGUUUUUUCCUGCUCGCCUUGCAGAGCCACAGAUAAUUUGCAUGGGUAUUGGUGGCCACUCAGCCAGAGGCAGACUGUUAUUGUCACCAUUAAGAACAAGGAUGCAGCAGUUAUAUUCAGUAGGGGUGAUUAAUAUUCAAUAUGGCUGAUUAAUAUUCAGUAUGGUUGAUUAAUAUUCAGUAUGGGGAUUAACUAACAGUGAUCCUUCUGUAACUGAUUUUUAAUUGAAUAGUUUAUACCUGUUGUGGUCACAUCAAAUAUAUCAAAAGUUAUUAAAUGACCGUAAAGCUUUCUUUUGAUAUUAAUAUAAGUAAGUUAAUCCAACAACAAUCUUACCAGUCAUGAUUGGUUCAUAGGUUCAUAGGUUGGUACUAGGCUAUCGGCCCUAGGGCCUAUGCAAGCCUAGCCAUAACAAUUCCCUGGAUAUUUUGGAUGAUUUGGGAAAAUGAAGAAUAUGCAAAAGAAAAGAAUAAAACAGUAAUGGUAUAUCAUCUGCCAUUUGGUGGCUCAGCGGGUAUACUCCUCUUUAAUGCUGGAGCUAUGAAUGUAUUCCCAUACAAGGCUCUGGGAUUAACUUUUUUCCAGUACUGACGCUAUAGUGCAAGAAAAUGGGUGCAAUGCACUCCUGAGAUGGCAUAACCAAGCUCCAGCUGCCUGAUAUGGUGGAAGUUCAGUUAAACAUAAAGGAUUUCAUGGCAUUUAUUAAAAGGAUUAAGUUCUUUAUUAAAAAAAAUACAGAUUUACAUAAUGUUUUGCCUUACUAUGUUAACAUAUUUGCACUUUACAAGCCUGAUAAUAUAUUCACUUCUAAUGACACCCUUUUUCUACAGUCAAUAUUUUAAAUUUUUUGGUUACCUCAUUCAGCACCAAUUUCUUAUUCUACAAUAAUUCUUGACAUCUUUACUUCCAUAAAAACAUAAUGCAUUCAUAAAAAUUGUACCUUUUAUAACUCCAUUACAUUCAUAAAUUUACCAUACGAUGUUGCAUCUUACUUUACGUUUUUUUCAGUCUGCCCUAUAAUUACUUUGUCCUUUUUUUUCCCAUCAAUAUUUUAAUUCACAUUCGAUAAAGGCAUGAAUGGUUGUCAUUUCUGCGUCAUGCCUUGCCCCUUUACAUGAACUUUCAUCCAUGCUAUUAUAUUUAAUAUUCCUCUUUAUUGGAGGUUUGCCUAACUCCACAAAACUAUUUUUUUCAUAAUACAUUUUCUUGUUUGAUCAUUCAAACAUUUAGAGACAUCUACUCAAAAACAAAUCUUUUCAUUGUUAUUUCAUACCAGUCUUUCCUUUGUUUUUCAAAGUCUCAGACUUAAUGUUACAUUGAAUUAUUUUCUUUUGAUAAAAAUUAAUUACAUACUCUUACCCUUAAUAAUUUUCUGGAUAUAAUCAUGUUUUUCCAUAUACUUCCCAACAACCUGCCUGUUUAAAAAUUUUCCUCACAUGUUCAACAAUGCCAAAAAAUAACAGAGUCUGACAUUCCCAAAUUGUUUUUUUGUCAUUAUAUAAUAUUUAUAACACCGAGACCAAAUUCCCCCUAGUAAGUAAGAACAACACUUUAGAUCUUCCCAGGAAGUAAGUCAUUGGUGUAGUGGGACUAACCCAGUCAAGAAAAUAUUAAAUUAAUAAAUGUGUAAAUAAAAAAUAAGAUAGAAUAUGUAAGUUUUACAAUAACAAGACUAACAGAACAUUUUAAGGCACAAAAGUACAAAGAUGAAGCAAUAGUUCUGAGGUGCUUAAAUGUCAGACCUAAAAAGCAGCAACUAAGGUUCUCAAAAAUAAGAUGAAAUACAACCAUAUUGAUUCCUUUUAGAAAAAAAAAAUAUAACUGGAUAGAGUACCCUGAAUUCAAGAAUGCCUGUGGUAUAAGGCACUGUUAGAAGGCAUUAUCUCAUUCAAAAUGUUGUUUGUUUCAUUAACCAAGUAAAUAUCUCUAGACUGAAAUCAUUUUACAGGGACACACAAAUAUAAAGCUCCUCCAUUCAUAUAUUGUAAUAGUUUUUGAAUAGCCAAUCAGUUUAAGAGAUUUGUCUUCUGAAGAUGGACAGAAGCUCAAAUGCAUUCAGGGAAGACAUACAGACAGACGGCAGAACCAAAUCCUAGACCUUAGCACUAAGGUAGCAGUAUUAACCAGUAUGCCACCAUGCUGUCCUUAACAGGGCCUUGUUUGAUAUUAUUUUUGAAGCUAAUAUUUUUUGGGACUUCCAAGCAGCAUUUGAAAUAGUGACGAGGAAAAGCUAUAGAGAGGACAUUGUAUGCAUAAGGCUAAAAUUCAUCUCUCUUCACUCUGGAUAGACUUUCUUCUACAUCUCAAUGUGUAAUCAUUCGGCAGUGCUCAUCAGAUCAGGAAAAAGGUGUGCAAAUUGUAUUAAUCAUCUAGAAGCUGUUGUAUUUCUCUGUAGGCAGUAGGUGCCCUCUUUAAAAAAUGAAAUGGUUACUCUGACAUGAUGUUUGAUACCAGUUUCAAUGGGUCAGUUGAAAAUAUAUUCACUUCUGAUAAACUAAAGGAGCAUAGACACCUGUUCACCCCAGGUACCUGGGGAGAGGCUUAAGUCCCAUAUGUAAAUAUGUCAAAGUCAAAUAAAAGUAAACCUUGUCAUUUAGAACUAACAAAUGUAGCCUAAAUGAAAUUUCGUACAUCAGCUCAAUUCUUGAGAUUACAAAGGAAAGUGAAACAACACAUGCACGCAGAGGAAUAAACAUAACUAACAAAUAUGAUACUACUCCCAAUACAUGCAAGAAAGAGUAGACACAUUCACCCACACUCAUAAAUGAAAAGAAUAGCCUCCCUGUGUUAAAUUAACUACCCAAUUUAAAGUAAUACAAAACACACUACAGAUUGAAAAAUCUAGGUUAUUUGUCUAAUAUUGCAGUUGAGUGAGUUAAA